UAAGACCCAUACACCAGGUUAUCUUCCACCGGCCGUUUCCUCGUACUUGUCACCCACAGUCACUUUAGACACCGUCAAUCUCGAUCUCUCUGUCUGAACUCAAAUAUCUUUUUGUAAGUCUCUCUCGGAACUUCUCCCCUAGAAUUUCAAACCCUAAUUCAUAGCAAAUUUGCAAAAAAGAAUCGUUUUUCCCUUUAGGGCUUCAAUCUUCAUAAGUUUAGGGAGCUAUUUUUAUGGCAUUUGAAUGCCAAAAAGGUACUGAGAGUUUGAAAAUUUGCUCAAUUGAACCUGCUAAGAAUCGAGAUAAUUUGACAUUAGCCUCAGAGGAAAGAAAACCCUCGUAUAAAUUAGAUGCAAAAGGUGGUAUUGUGAAUUCUAAACGCAAAGAGCUGCUUAUUGUUAAUGAGGUUCUUCCUGAUUGUCGGUCUAUCACUGAACUUCCUCCGGUAUUGAUCUCGGAGAUACUUAACUGUUUAGAACCGAAGGAGCUUGGUAUUGUUUCGUGUGCUAGUACAUUAUUGUAUCGUCUUGCGUCUGAGCACCAUGUGUGGAAGGAGUUCUAUUGUGAGAGGUGGGGGCAGCCGACAUGUCAGGCACCUUUUGGUGCAGAGCAUUCGGGUGAGAAGUCAUGGAAGGAGCUCUUCGUGGAGAGAGAGUUCCGUAGUAAAACAUUUAUGGGGCGCUAUACUAUUGAUAUGUUGUAUGGCCAUACUGAGGAUGUUAGGGCAGUUUUUAUUUUAUCUUCGAAGAAGCUUGUGCUUACUUCAGGGUAUGAUCAGAUAGUACGAAUGUGGGACUUGGAAGAAGGGCUGUCAAUUGCAUCAUCUCGCCCUCUUGGCUGCACUAUCCGUGCAGUUGCAGCUGAUUCGAGGCUCUUAGUGGCUGGGGGUACUGAUGGAUUCAUACAUGGUUGGAGAGCGAAUGACGAAAAUCCACAUUUAUUUGAUCUUGGAGCUCCUGAGAACCAGAAUAUGGAAUUCCGAGUUUGGGAACAUGAUGGGCCGAUAACAUGCCUUGCGUUGGAUUUCAAUAGGAUGUAUAGUGGUUCAUGGGACACGAGUAUUCGUGUUUGGGAUCGAUCUUCUUUGGAGUGUUUGAAAGUUUUGAUACACAAUGACUGGGUUUGGAGCCUUGCUCCCCAUGAUACAACAGUGGUGAGCACAGCAGGCUCGGAUCUUUAUGUUUGGGACAUUAAUAGUGGGUCAAAACUUGCUAUCAUCAAGAAUGCCCAUGCUGGUUACACUUAUUCUCUGGCACGAAGCCACACCGGGAAGCUUUUGUUCACUGGUGGGGAAGAUGGAGCAAUACACAUGUUUGAGAUCUUUCGAAAUGCUAGGUGUCAUGUCAGGCGGGUUGCAACUUGGAUUCCUCACUCAAGUGCUGUUAAUUCUCUUGCAUUUGAGUUCCCUUGGCUUGUUUCAGCUUCGAGUGAUGGAAAACUUUCACUUAUUGAUGUGAGAAAGCUGUUGAGAACAAACCGGAAUUCCACACUGACUAAAGCUGACAAUCCGGUUGACAUUGUUGAACUGCCACAAAGAAUGCUGCAUGGUUUUGGGAGCAAUUUGUUUGCUGUGGAUGUUGGAUCUAACCGUAUUGUGUGUGCUGGUGAAGAAGGUGUUGUCAGGAUCUGGAACUUCUCUCAAGCUUUGGAGAUCGAGCAGCGGGUCCAAGUGCUAAGAGGUUUAAGGUUAGAGAACAGAGUGAGAAGGCGUAAGCAUCAACUGGAAAUGAAUGGUAAAGGUAGACAUGGUGAUCAGUGCUCAUUUGCAGCAAAGAAGAACCAAAUGGAUGGUGAUAGGAACAGCUGGCACAACAGGCGUAGGAUGACUUGGAAAGUGAAGGCCUAGAAGUGACUGCAGUUUGUCAUUGAUCCACAGAGUAAUUCUAUUUUGCUAAUAGCUAAUCAUGUAUGUAUGAAAAAGCAUAUUUUUGGUUUAAGGCUUCCUUAAUUUUACCUCUUUCGCAUUUAUACUGGCAUUUGAAGUGAAGGUACAAACUGUAUCCUUUACAACUGUUUCGCUUAUUUCUCUUAUUUGAUCUGUUUCUUCUGGCAACA